CUUUUCCCCCGCGCAGUUUGGGUGCGCGACGGGUUUGAAAUAUACGUAGUUACAAAUAAAAAAUAAUUGCUGAUAUUAUUUAAAUAUAUAAAACGGGAAAUAUACGCCGUUCACCAUGACUAUAUUAACGAAGCCGAAUGCUUUCAUUCAGAUAAAGAAGGAGAUGACAAAAUGCCCCGUUCCCGAUGAAACCAUAUUAGUGGAAGAGGAUAAGGUGGAAACCUACACCCCAAAGCCCCCAUGCGGCGGCGUGAGCGUGGGGUUCUUGGUGAUCCUCCUGUCCGUGGCGGGGAUAUACUCGGGGAUGUACCUGUUCCGCCGCUGCCUGCAGCCGGCGCCCCGCUACCAGGGCUUCUGCUCCAUCCCUAUUGAUACCAAACAGUUGCAGGAGGCAGCCCUGAUUGAGCCCAACUACCGCAUGCUGCCGAUCCGCUGGUCGUCAUCCCCCGACCCGGACGUGCAAAUCUUCGCGCCCGACGACUCCGCCGUGUCUGACGUCGCCAACUUUCUGCGUGAGGAGCUGGACAUUGGUGAUGAGGUUGAGAAGAUCACCGUCUUCGAUAACGGACGGCAGACUAGCUUCAUUCACGACUUUGGCGCUAACUUUACUGGCAUAAUCGACACCGACCGCUGCUUCACCAUGGAACUGGACCCUCAACUGGUGCUCGCUCCCGAAGCCUUCGUCCUCAGCAUCCAGCAAGGAGGCGACUUCGACGUGACCCGCGUCCGCUCGACACUGCGCGCCCUGCUGCCUGCGCUGCCACGCCGCAUACUGCCGGAGCUGUGCCGCGCUAAACCAGUCUACCGUCUGCAGGCCUCCGAGACCACUAUCCGCAAGCGCUCCGUGGAGCCGCCAGCCGACUACAUCCAGUUCGCCGGCCGCCACAUCCACGAGAUCGAGAUCGAGAACCUCAACGAACUCAUCCAGAACGAGAAGGAGAACUAAACUCUCCCGGGGCGUCAGCGGAGUCCGACAGGAUUGUAAGUUACACGAAAGUUCAAAAACCACUAAGUUAUUUUAUUUCAUACAGUCGGACCAAGGGCAACUCAAUCUUUGCAAGUAUCAGCAGAACCUCAAACUAAUAAAGACUUGAAGUCAGUAAACCAGGGAUUGCGAGCUGGACUCCCAAAAUACUAGGUAAACCACUUAAAGCUAAGACAGCUCAAGUAAAGCUUUAAUGUACUUCGAUAAAGUGUGGUUGGCAAGAAGACUUUACAAGCAUUUGCUUAGAUAUCGGGGAAGAUUAACUACAUGGAUAUUCGAUAAAGAACGAUGUUAAAAAUCCCGAUUUGAAGCCAGAGAUGAUCCAAAUAAGACCACUUUGGAGAUUAAGAGAAACUUCUUCAAAUAGGGUUCCAAAAUUGUUCAAGGAAGAAGAAAGUUUAGACCUUGAAUAAUGAUAAUGACAUAUGUUGCGAAUUUAAAAAGGGAGAAGAGUUAACUUGGUCCGACUAAGUUCCACGUUUCUUGUAAAUUAAACAAAUGGUUCUGACUUAAGUAAAGAUGUAGGUAAAUGGUUCUCAAUGGAAACCUAAAGGACCUGAGCUGUUAAGCCUAAAACUAACAAUAGAGCCAAGCUCUUACCAACACAGAAUCUUUAAGACUUGAUGAAUUGACGGUAACCGGACAUAAGUUUACACAAUUAUGAUCAGAUUUAAAGUGAAAGAUAUAGUCAGUUGAGGAUGUGGCUGGUUUGUUUCUCAUUCCCAUUUCUGAACCAGCUCAUCCUGCGAAAAUGAAAUUCAUUCACAUUGAAAGGGGUCUUAGAAUUGUAUGAAACACCUGGUUUCCCUGGUGAGGAGUAAAAGAGAUUCGAUUAAGAAA